AGUUGAUCCAGCUCAUAAAGUAUUCGCAGAUAUCAAAGUUGCUAUAUGACCCCACGAACCCAAUUGUAACUCACAUUCAUCACAUUCAUCAUUCAUUAGCAUUUGGCUUUUCAUCAUGUUUUCUUCAAUCGUUCAACUCUCUUACACGUUCGUUGUAUUAACAUCCAUCUUUACUUAUGUCAAGGCAGACUGUGCGUCAUAUGGUAUCGAUUUCCAGAAUGGAGGAAACUACUUCAUCAAUAGCGCAGAUAAUUCCAGCUUCACCGCCGUCACUCAAUUUACCGGAUGCUCAGGCGAGGCUGAAGUGAUUCUCGUUGCUCCUAAUGAUGAUUCAUGGGAGUGCAGUGACAUUGAAACUCAACCUGACGGUACCAACAUGCUUUCAACAUGUCCCAUCUCCAAAAAUCAGAUGUACAGCGGCACCUGGACCAUUGUUAUUUUGGCAAACAAUGGAGCUGGAGCUUCUUUCGCCGCUCAGAGAACAUUUGAACUCACCGUUGGAACUCAGGCCACAGUAACAUAUAUCCCAACCGUGAACAUCACGAAUGUUGUGAUACCAUCAACAACUCUACCAACUACAAUUACUGACACCGAUUCAACUACACUUCCUGCUGUUACAAUUACCGCAGCUUCAGCCACUGCCAAAAGUACAGUUACAAUUACACCCAAGAGAGUUACAACUACGAAGACUACCACCUCCACAAGGACUAUCACCUCAAGAAAAUACACCUUCCCCAUCGUUACAGUUACAAAAACAGCCUCAUGCAGACUUCCCACCAAGCCUCCCAUGCAGGAUGUAUACCCCAAUCAACAUUUCCUUCUCUUGGCUCAAAGUGUCACAUCCGACUCUUCCGUUAAACGUACCGCCAUGCCAGCACCCGCAGCUGCAGUCAUUACUCCGGCUCCGAGGGCCAAUCCUGAAAGCCGAGAUGCUAUUGUUGACAUUGCUAAUGUUCUUGGACGUCGCGCUGUUGGUCGCGUCAUGGCAAAGAAGCUUAAAAAGCGUGCUCCAGAUGUUCCAACUGUGACAGUCACCGACACAACCACAUCUGAUUGGAUCACAUCCACUGUUACCAGCACUGCUGCUACUACAACUUUCUUUAGCACAGCUACUACAACUGAAUUCACCACUAUUACCCCUGCACCAGUUACUAUUCGCAGCGGGUUAACUACUGCAACUGUAACGGCACCAACGCCUACAACAACAAAGACUACCCAGACUUUCACCGUUACCACAGUUACAUCGACAAUCACGUACAAGUAUGCGAUCACUAUCACAAAGACGACGACGCCGGCUUCAGUCAUCGCAACCUGCACUUUGAAGGGUGGCUCAAUUGUUUGAUCAUCUUAAAUGAAUUUUUUACAUUUUUUAUUCUACAUUCCUUUGUCUGCCAUCUUCUAAACUUUUCUUCUGGGGUUUUAAAUCUGAAGUAAUUGGGGUGCGACGCGAUUUGAAUCGAGACCUAUUUCCUAUUCAAAGAUGGAAUUGUGUUAAGUCACACCACAAUACGAGCUGGGCGAUGUUACAUUUUCUCCGUCUUUCUACCUGGAGUUAUUUUUAUAUAUCUGUGCAAUUGAAUCAAGUAUUGAAAUAUUCUCGUGUUCGCCGUCUUCAAUGUAGCAUUCGGCUAUUUGACCCGUGUAUGCUUGAGAAAAUCUGCAUGCAUCAUGCACAGCAUUUACCCCCAGAUUGUGGCGAAACCCCCGAACAAAUUAUCCGCUGGCAGUGCAUGUCUAGUCUCCCCAAUGUUCUCUA